AUGGGCUUCAAUGGCGCAGCCGUGAAAUUUCACCCGUCUAAACAUUGGGUCGCUAUGGUUGUCAAGAAAGAAAUUGCAGUUGCUUUUCUUUUCGACACACACAACUUCCAAUCAACCGAACAACCUGCCACAACAUCAAAGAUCAACCAGGAUAUUAAUGAUUUCUCAUGGUGCUCAAAACUGCAUGAUUCUUUGAUCUUGGGAGCUGAAGAUGGGACUGUAUUCCUCUGGAAUGUGAAUAGUUCUAACCCCAUCAAACGCUUCAAAGAACACAUCUCCCGCAUCACCUCCGUUGAUUUCAACCCCACAGAUGACACUUUCAUCACAGCAUCGUGGGACAAAACAGUUAGGCUGUGGAAUGUUGGUGAAGAAAACUGCAAACGAGUCCACGAACAUGCCGAUUGUGUGAGCUCAGCUAAAUGGAAUCCCCAUGAGAAAAGUAAGCAUGCCAGCAAAUCUUUCGAUGGAAUAUUACAUUUUUGGGAUGUCAAUGGGAAUGUGGUUACACAAACCAUCCAUGCCGACGAUUCGCCGAUCAUAUCACUUGGCUGA